AUGCGUGCGGGCCGUAGGAAGUCGACUGUCAGCGGAGGACGUCGUCAUGUGUACCCCAGUUGGGGCUACACCUUCGAGGAACGCGAUGCUCAACGCUACGGAUUUCAACUGCGAAAUCGCGAAUUUGCCGUUGACAAGGAUAUGUAA